AUGUCUGUGCUGAGCACGCCUUCCUAUCUGUAUUCCACCUGUGUGGAGCUCACAGGCUUCGGAAAGGGAGGUGAUCGGGGAGGAACAAAGGCUGCCGCCUGGCAGGGUGUACCUAAGCUGCCCACAGGACAGUCAGCUCUGGGUGCCUGGGCUCCUGUCAGUGCCCAGCUGAGCCCUGAGGACCCAUUCUCCAACGUCCGUGAGGAGCUGGUGUAUGAAAGCCACCUGCCAGAAAUGAUGUCCCAGAAGGCCAGUCAGAACAAGGACAAGAUUUCCCAGGAGUUUCCAGACAAGAGCGUGACCUUCACAGCCUCUAGCUCCUGGGCCAAUGGGAAGAAAGUGGCUGGGCAUGCUGGCCAAGGGAGCAGCACUCCUUCACCAGGUUCUGCAUGGAGAAGGGGCGUCAGCCGUGCUCCUGGAAGUUCAGAGGCAGGAGCUGCCAAGGUCAGCCUCCGCGGCCUCCUGGCUGCACGCAGGCUGACGCGGGAACUCAAGAGUCGGACAUCUUCGAAAACAAAGGCGCAGCCCCCAGUGAGCCAUGGCUGUCCUGUCAGCAUCAUCCAGGAGCAGGUUCCCCUGUGGUCAGCCAGGCCCGAGGUGAAAUUCCCCUGUGCCCAGGCAGAGGAGCUGAUGCAGGCACACCUGCCCUCCAAGCUGGCCAGCGUGGCCUACCAUCCUGCUCUAUGUGCCCACUUGGCCACUGUUCUGAGUGUGGAGAUCCGGGACCUGGUAAAGGCUGUCACUCCGCCCCGUUACAAGAUCGUGUGCUCUGUCAGCAUUGGGAGCAAGGGGCAGGCGGAUGUGGUGGUCUCCAGCCAAAGCCUGUGGGACCCGCACACAGAUUGCUGUGCCACCUCCUGUUACGUGAACCCCACCCUCUUCUGUGUGGCAUUGGUACACGCCAUCUAUUUGGAGUGAGCCCUGUGGGAUGAGGGACUGGGAUCCUUUUGGGGUCCCACACCAAAGCCUGGCCUGGGGACUCAGACCCUGCCCUGCCAGUCAGUGCCCGUUUGAGUAAGGCCAGCGGCAACCACCACUCAUAGCCAAUCAGAGAAGAAAAGGCCCAUGACACUUGUUCCCUGACCCUUCCACCGGCCACCCAGACCACACACACUGUGGCGCUCCUCUGCCUCUGGCCAGGAGCAUGUCAGCCACGUGCUGCUCCCAGCUGGAUGUAGAGAUCAGAAGCUCUCAACAGCAGCUAUCAAUGUCUUUGAUUAAUAAA